AUGACUACCAAUAAUAUCCCUUCCAUGUUAACUCCUGUAUCAGAAAUUUGUGGUGACAAAAUUGAAAUUAAUUUGAAGGUUAAAGUAAUACAUCUUUGGAUUAUACCUGAUCGCAUAAAUCCAACAGAGAAUGAAAGUCUCCAUACGCUUUUAUUGGAUGAAAAGUGUGGAAAAAUUCAUGCAACAAUUCAAAAAAAUCUCAUUCCACAUUUUAAGGAAAUUUUUUUAGAAGGUUCUACGUAUGUUUUUGAAAAAAUUUUGGUUGCUCUGAAUGAUGUUUCAUUCACAACAACAAACCAUAAGGACAAGCUCAAUUUUAUGGGAUCCACAAACUUAUUCAAAGUGAAUGCUCCGGAGAUACAUAUUCAUCAUUUUGAAUUUAUGUCAUUUCUUAAUAUUCUGUCUUCAACAAAAGAGGAUAAGUUACUUGAUAUUAUUGGUCAUGUCGAUAAGAAAAAUAGUAUCAAAGAAAUAGAAAAAAAUGGCAAAAAAGUUAUGGAUAUUCACUUGAAGAUUUGGAGCACAAUGGGUGUGUGUAACUCAUUUUUUGAAACAAAAAUGUUGUUGAAUGUUGAUAUACCUGCUAUUAACGACUAUAAAUUGAGGUUGACUGGGGAAAAUGCGAAUUUGACUCAAGGAGUUAGUCAAAUGACCGGGUCAACCAUAAUUCCAUUGGCAGAUGAUUUACUCCAAACCAAAAAAAAUACUAUUGAAGAUUUGAUUGAAUCUACAUAA